AUGAAACUGCUCAGUUGGAAUGCACGGGGUUUGGGGAACUCGAGUGCAUUCCGCCGUCUUCGAUUGCUUGUUAGUGAGCAAUCUCCUCAGGUGUUAUUUUUAAUGGAAACUAAAUUAUGUGAUGGUGCUCUUUCUCGUUUUAAAGUGUCUUUCAAUUUUAGUAAUGGUCUAGAAGUGUCUCGGGUGGGUUUGAAAGGUGGUAUUAUGUUAUUAUGGAAGGAUGGUGUUGAUGUAACUCUUUUAUCUAUGAAUACAAAUCAUUUUGAUUGUUAUGUCUUGUUUGAUGAUGGCCCGCGUUGGCAUCUUUUUGCAAUUUAUGGUUUCCCGGAAGCAAACAAUAAAAAACAUACUUGGGCUUUAAUUAGACGUCUUGCUGACGUUUCACCUCUUGAUCCGUGGCUUUUAAUUGGGGACUUGAAUGAAAUUUUUUCGCAAGAACACAAAAGUUGUGGACCAUUAAGACACGACAAUCAUAUGCAAGCAUUCCGUACUGUUUUGGAUCAAUGUUUUUUGCAUGCUUUACCGGCUAUUGGAGAUGAUUUUACUUGGGCCAAGAAUAGGAGAAAGGGGACUGGUUUAAAGGAAAGAAUAGAUUGGUGUUUUAUCAACAAUGUGUGGAAAGAUUCUUUGUUGCAUCCGACUCUCACUCAUUUGGACUAUUAUGGAUCAGAUCAUCGAGUUCUUUCUGCUGAAAUCUCAUUUUCACAGCCUUUGGUUCCUCUUCAAGACUGGCAUGUUAAGAAGUUUGGAAAAAUGAAAAAGAAAAUCUCCAAAGCUCAACGUGAAGUGUCUCGAUUGAACUCCACUGCUACUGCCUCAGAUAAUCAUUUGCAUAAUGUUCAAUCGGCUGAAAAAAUUCUUGAAGAAUUAUUGGCCAAUGAGGAACAAUAUUGGCAACAACGGUCUCGGGUUGAUUGGUUAAAAUCGGGUGACCGUAACACCAAGUUUUUUCAUUCCAAAGCUUCGGCCAGACACUCCAAUAAUAAAAUCAAAGAGCUGCGAGAUGAUGAUGGUACUGUUGUGACUUCUAAAGAUGAUAUAGCUCAUGUAGUUGCAGAUUAUUUCUCCAAAAUAUUCACAGCAGCUGAUGAAGACCAUUGGGCACUAUCCCAUGUGUUGUCCACCAUUCCAACAACCAUUUCUUCUCAACAGAAUGAUUUUUUACUGCAAGAAUUUACUCGGACAGAUGUUUAUGCUGCUUUGAAAUCAAUGGGAUCGGAUAAAAGUCCUGGAUUAGACGGUAUGUCAGCAAUGUUUUAUCAAACUUAUUGGCAUAUUGUUGGUGAUCUUGUGACACAAGUUGUUCUCAAUGUCUUGAAUUAUGGAGGAAGCCCAGCACCUUUCAAUAAAACUUUGGUUACCUUAAUUCCAAAAAUUAAGAAACCAAAGGAAAUGAAAGAUUUUCGUCCAAUUAGUCUUUGCAAUGUUAUAUAUAAAAUUAUCUCAAAGAUGUUGGCUACUCGGCUUAAGGAAGUCCUUCACUCAGUUAUAUCAGAAACUCAAAGUGCUUUCCUUUCUAACAGACUGAUUACGGAUAAUAUUCUUGUGGCCUUUGAGUUGAUUCACAGUCUGAAACAUAGGAAGCGAGGUUCAAAAGGGUUUGCUGCUCUUAAGCUUGAUAUGAGCAAGGCUUUUGAUAGGGUUGAAUGGUCUUUUAUUGCUGCGGUCAUGGGCAAGAUGGGGUUUAAUAUUAGAUGGAUUACAUUGAUUAUGUCUUGUUUGCAUACCAAUGUGUUUUCAUUUAAUAUUAAUGGUGAAGUUAUGGGCUCAGUUACUCCUCAGCGUGGUCUACGACAAGGAGAUCCACUCUCACCAUAUCUAUUCCUCAUUUGUUCAGAAGGAUUGUCUAGAUUACUUCAAUAUGAAGAACAAAUAGGCCGAUUAAAAGGGCUGGCUGUAUCUCGUCAUUCACCAUCUAUCUCGCAUUUGUUUUUUGCCGAUGACAGCUUGUUGUUUUGUCAAGCAAAUGAUCGAUCAUGUGGUGCUAUUAAACGAGCUCUUGAUAUUUACCACCGAGCCUCGGGUCAACAAUUGAAUGCGGACAAGUCUGUAAUGUCCUUCUCUCCGAACACACCAAUUGCGGUUCAAAACUCCUUUCAGCAAAUACUGGGUAUGCCUAUAUGUGAAUGCCAUGAAGCUUAUUUGGGUUUACCAGCUUAUAGUGAGAGAGACAAAUCACAAUUGUUCAGCAACAUUAAAGAGAAAAUAUGGAAACUAAUGCACGCAUGGAAUGAUAAGAUUUUCUCAAUAGGGGGCAAAGAAGUGUUACUGAAAGCUGUUGUGCAGUCGAUCCCAACAUACGCUAUGAGUUGCUUUCGUCUACCGGUCAAAUUGUGCAACGAAAUUGAAGCUAUGAUGGCAAAGUUUUGGUGGGGUUCUUCUUCAGAUAACAAGAAAAUUCAUUGGAAGAAAUGGCGAUUUCUUUGCAAAUCAAAGGGGGAUGGAGGUAUGGGGUUUCGAUCUUUUGUGCACUUUAAUCAAGCAUUAUUGGCCAAGCAAGCUUGGCGUAUUUUCCAAGAUCCUACUAGUUUACUCAGCCGUGUGUUGAAAGGACAUUAUUUUUCUCAGAAUGAUUUCAUGACAGCAAGAGGAGGUGGUUUAAGUUCUUUAACAUGGCAAGGUAUAGUGUGGGGUAGAGAAUUGCUUGUGAAAGGUUUGAGGCUGAAAGUUGGUACGGGUAACAAUAUUAGGUGUGCUGUGGACUCAUGGAUUCCAGGUCAUAAAGGUUUUAAGCCUUACUGUUACACAGGUGCACACACAAACCAUGUUGCAGACUACAUCACGGCUACUAGAGAAUGGAAUAUUGAGUGUUUACAAUCAGAUUUCUCAACACCAGAUGUGGACAACAUUCUUAAAAUUCCUUUGUCUUUUCUUCCUGUCAAUGAUAGAUGGAUUUGGCACUAUGAAGAUUCGGGUGACUAUUCGGUUAGUUCAGGUUAUACUCUUGCUAGUUCUUUGGGUGAAGAGGAUUUAUCUUCAUGUUCACACACUCAGGAGACUUGGUGGAAGUCUUUUUGGAAAUUAAACUUGCCCUCUAAGGUCAAGAUCUUUGGAUGGAAAGUAAUUCAAUCUUCCAUUCCAGUAGCCAAAUCUUUGUAUCAUAGGAAAAUUUUAACAUCUGCAACAUGUUCUCUUUGUCAAUCGGCAUGGGAAUCCAUAGGGCAUGCUUUAUUUUCUUGCUGCCAUGCUAAGGAAGUUUGGAAAUUUUCUGGUUUUUCCAUUGAUUUCACUAAUGCUGACCGACUGCAAGAUGGGGAUUAUCUUAUGCAUUUGUCUUCAAUUUAUGAAAAAUCAGCUUUUGAGAAUAUUCUAUGUCUCAUGUGGUUUAUAUGGUCUGAUCGCAAUAACUUCAUUCAUGGGAAAAAGGUUAAAACUCCUCUCCAAAUGUGGACUCAAUCAGUGGCCUAUAUGGAUCAGUACCGAUCCAUUACCUCUGCUGUAACACCAGCAGCUUCCAAUCGCACCAGUCAAGCUUCAGUUGCCAGUUGGAAGCCUCCUCCAGAAAAUACAUUCAAACUGAAUGUGGAUGCAGCUUUGGAUUCUUCGAGGAGCAAGAUUGGGAUUGGUGUAAUUGUUAGAAACUCGGCUGGACAGGUUAAAGCGGCACUUUCUACUCCAGCCAUAGGGAAUUUUAAGUCGCAGGAAAUGGAGGCUAAAGCAAUGUCUGUUGGUCUUUCGUGGGCAAAGACAUAUCAACUUCCUAUCGACUUUGUGGAAACCGAUUGCCUAAUGCUGGUCAAUGCUUUAAAUGGAGACGUUUCACAAUAUUCGGGGUUUUAUGAUCUAGUUUCAGAUGUUAAGUUUCAUUUGUCCAAUUUCUCUAAUACUUGUGUUUCUCAUAUUCGGAGAAAUGCUAAUCAAGCCGCUCAUGGUUUGGCUAGAUAUGCAUUACAGCUGGAUAAUGAAUGUAUAUGGUUAGAAGAUAUUCCUUCUACCAUUUUCUCUGUUGUUGUAAAUGACAUUAUUUGA